CCCUGCAAAAUAUUUAGCUAGCUAGCAAAAUCUAGUUAGCUAGUCUUUUGCAAGGUUAUGGAACCAGAACUGAAUCAAUUGCCUAUUUUUAUAGUUCAAGCUCCAAAUAUAUCUUACCAUAUAUACAAUCCACAUAUCAACUGGUCUAAGAAACAUGUGGAGUCCUGGUCCAUUUCCUGUCAUUGCUCCUUCCUCCGUUCAGCCGCCCCUCCGAGUCAGUCGCCGGCUAAUCGUCAGGUGGCUGACCCGCCCGAUCUCUCUGUCAUUCCACCAGAUUAUUAUGAUUUGGCUCCGGUGUUCAGCAAAUUUAGUGCUCUUUCUCUCCCUCCGCACCGCCCCUAUGACUGCGCCAUUGAUCUUCUCCCCGGAGCGCCACUGCAUAACAGUCGGCUUUAUAAUAUCUCCAAACCGGAAAGAGAGACCAUGGAGAAUUAUAUCAACGAGUCUCUGGCGGCAGGAAUCAUCCGACCAUCUUCUUCUCCACUCGGAUCAGGUUUUUUUUACUCACCCCAGCUGAAYGGAACUACGAUGUUGGUGAUAGAGAGCUCCUCGCCAUUAAAUUGGCGUUGGAGGAAUGGAGGCACUGGCUGGAAGGCGCCGAGCACCCCAUUUUGGAAACUUCCCACAGCUCUUCAGACCGCUCAGCUCCUGGUUAAGCACAUUUUCAAAUUGCACGGCAUCCCACAGGAGAUACUUUCUGACAGAGGACUACAGUUCACCGCCCAGAACCGUCAGAUAAGGCUUCUGCAUGUUGGUGUUCCCGCUAAAUCCUGAAUAUACCCAGUUUGGGUUGUCUUAGCCUUUUUAUUGCAGCUUAUGGGGUUUUCCCUGUCUGGGAACGAGAACUCAACCUACUGAAUGUGACAGGUAACCAAUCAGAAAGCGCG